ACGUUGAGAAUGUAUCCGCCAGUGGUAAGAACGGAACGUGACUGUGGCACAGAUACCGUUGUAGAUGGAGUACCGAUCGAGAAAGGCACCUCAGUGCAUGUGGCCGUUUACGCUAUCCACCAUAACGAAGAAUAUUAUCCGAAUCCAGAGAAAUUCGAUCCCAACAGAUUUUCGUCGGCGGAUAAAGCUUUGCGUGAUCCACUGGCGUUCAUACCGUUCGGCUAUGGCCCGCGCAACUGUAUCGGUAUGCGUUUUGCACUGAUCCAAAUUCGUUUCACGAUGGCUCGUCUUAUCCGCAAAUACAAAUUCAUCCUUCCAGAUGAGAUGAAGGUCAAUUUCCUUUUUUUCACUUCCUUGGAAUUACUGUCCUUACAUGAUUCCGCAGUGCCUCUUAAUUUCCUAGAAAUCGCCUAG